AUGCUCGUCAUCCCUUUGAUCUUGGCUGCCGGUAGCCUACCGACAUUCGUUUUCGGGGCACCAGUCCCUUUGACUGCUUCCUCGCGCUCCGCCCUGACGGAUGCUUCCACUCGUUCUCUGGUCGAGCGUGCCGGAGAUGCGUAUAGAACCUACGGCGGCUUCGGCACUGUAGCCAAUGGCUGGCCUGAUUAUAACGCCUGGGUCUCCAACUUUGACGAGAUGUUCAAUAACAACCGCGGAGUGAUGCGAGGUUCCUGCUCGCAGUUUGGGGUUCCCAACAACUCAGAGGCCGAGACCAACGACAUCUACGCCGCGAUCAAGCAAGUUGCCGGCGAGACCGGCCUCGACGCCCGCUUCAUCCUCGCAACCAUGAUGCAAGAGAGCAACGGCUGCGUCCGUGCUCCAACCACCAACUGGGGCGUCCGCAACCCGGGCCUGAUGCAAGACCACAACGGCGCGGCCACAUGCAACGAAAACGGUGUACAGAACCCCUGCCCCCGGAACACGAUUAUCCAGAUGAUCCGCGACGGCGCAGCCGGCACACCCUACGGCGAUGGGCUCAAACAGCUCGUCGCUAAGACUGGCGCUUCAGACGUGUCCAAGUACUACAAAGCCGCGCGCAUGUACAACUCCGGCUCUAUCGCCGCGGGUGGGAACCUGGGCCAGGGCGGCGCAACGCACUGCUACGCCUCUGACAUCGCCAACCGCCUCACAGGCUGGGUCACCGUCCCGCGCACCUGCAACGAAGCGACGAUCGGCGGCAUGACUGGUACUGGUUCCGCUGGAAAUGGUAACACUGGCAACACCGGUGGUGGCGCGACUUCGCCGACAGGUCCGAGGGCGCCGGGUGCUUCCGGCGCUUGCACGCAAUGGUACACGGUUCAGAGCGGCGACCAGUGUGGGAUUAUCCAGCAGCGGUUUGGUAUCUCGAUGCAGCAGCUUAUGGCCUGGAACACGGGGCUUAGUGGUGAUUGCUCCAACCUCUGGCUGGGAUACAGCUACUGUGUUCGCGCGUAA